UAGAAAUAGUGUGAAAAUGGAUGCUAUAGUGAAGCAGGAAUUAAAUGGUUCUCCAUUGCCACAGCGUGCCCAGCAGCCACAACAUGGCGGUGGUGGUGGUGGUGGUGGUACUCCAGGCCCGAUGCAUGGUAACAACCAGUCCGGUGGUCCCGAGCAGCAUGGACCGGGCGGUCCAGGGAACAAGAACAUGAAUCGGAACAAUCGCAACAAUAGUAAAAAUCGACAGAGUAUGCCGAUGCGUAAUCGUGGACCAGGUGGAAUUGGUGGUGGUGGUGGUGGUGGCGGUGGCGGCGGCGGUGGAAGCGGCAACAAUAGUGGCCCGGGAAGCAAUCGCCCCGGCAAUAAUGGAGGAAAUCCUCAGCAAAUGGGUGGAGAAGAUUUCAGCCCAAACCAGCACCAGAACCGUGGAGGGAUGAAUCGUGGUGGACACAAUCGGAGUGGAAAUGAUAUGGACAACAAUUUCGGCGACCGUCGUCGCGGUGGUGGUGAUGCUUAUUUCAUCAACGAAAAGCUUCGUAUGCUCGCUGGUCCACUGCUGGAUAUCCCGCCGAUCGAGGCGCAUGAUACUAAAUUUUCUGGCCGCAACCGCUUGUACGUAGGCAAUUUGACAACCGAUGUGACGGAGGAAGAGCUGGUGGAGAUGUUCAAGCCGUUCGGUGAAAUUAACGAGGUGUUCAUGAAUAAGGAGAAAAAUUAUGCCUUCGUACGGUUAGAUUUUCUCUCUAAUGCUGAAGCGGCAAAGCGGAAUCUAGACGGCACCACGCGCAAGAAUCGUGUGCUGCGCGUGCGAUUCGCUCCGAAUGCAACUGCCAUUCGGGUGAAGAAUUUGACACCGUACGUAACGAAUGAGCUGCUGUACAAAGCGUUCGAGGUGUUUGGACCGCUCGAGCGAGCAGUUGUACAGGUUGACGAGCGUGGCAAGCCGACCGGUGAGGGAAUUGUUGAGUUCAAGAACAAACCGGGUGCGUUGGCGGCUAUUCGGUUCUGCACGGAGAAAUGCUACUUCCUCACAUCGUCACUGCGGCCAGUUAUCGUGGAACCCUACACGUACCAGGACGAUAAUGACGGUCUGCCGGAAAAAUCGCUCAACAAGAAACAGGGCGAUUUUAUGAAGGCACGCCAACAGGGACCCCGUUUUGCCGAGCAGGGAUCGUUCGAGUUCGAGUAUGGACAGCGCUGGAAGCAUAUGCACGAGUUGUUUAAGCAGAAAGCCGAAUCACUGAAGCGUGAGAUGAUUAUGGAAGAAGAAAAACUUGAAGCACAGAUGGAAUACGCCCGAUUUGAGCAGGAAACUGAACAGCUGCGUGAGCAAUUGCGGCAACGUGAAAUGGAUCGUGAUCGUCAAAAGGCCGAAUGGGAAAUGAAGGAACGCCAGGCACAGGAAGCGCGCCAGCGUAAUGACAUUCAGAUGAAGACAGAGAUCGAAGAAAUGACCAAUCGUAUCAAACGGUCCGAUGAAGAACUACACCGCAGACAGAAAGAAAACACCAUGUUCAUGCAGAACCGUCAAAUGAUGGAACAGCAGCAAAUGAACGACAUGGGCAUGGGAAGCGGAGGCGAUGCUGGUGGUGGCAUCGAUAACCGCCGCAACUUCGAUAUGAUGAAUCAAGGUGGCGGCAAUGGUGGUAACUUCGGCAAUAUGGAACCAACCGUUCGUGAUUAUGAUCACGGCCAAAACCGGCCGACUCGGUUCGACGAUGGACCGCAACCACAGCAGCAGCAGCAACAGCAACAGCAGCAACAGCAAAUGCAUCAGCAACAGCGUGGCAACAAUUUCGGAGGCAAUCGUAACAAUUGGAUGAACAAUACACCUGAUCGUCGAUUGAGCAAUAACGAUAAUGAUUUCCAAAAUAAGCGUAGACGCUUCUAAAGA